UUCAAUCCCAACUCAUCAACCUAUCAUACCACUUGUAUCUAAAAUGUUCAACAUAGAGAAUUGUCUUCGACUAAUAAAGUCGUUAGUGGCUUUAUUUAUCACUACAUCUGAUAAUGAGCAUGCAAUAAAAGGUAUAAAGGAAUGUACGAGAGCAAUAAGAAAACUGUAUCGGGAAUUGCCAGGUUGUACUUCAAUUGGAGGAAAACAGCAACUCGAAGCUCAGAUCCGUUCUAUAAAAUCAUUGAAACAACAAUUCAAACAACAACAACGAAUUGGUGCAGGUCUGAGUAGACGAAAGGAAACUGCUUGGAACAGAGUCCAUUGGAAUGAUUCAUUAUCAGCAUUCGACUCGAGAAUAAGAACAGGUGUGAUUAGUAACCUGAAACAUAAGGAGCCUAAGGAUUUUUUGAUGGACUGCGAAGCUAUAUUUCGUCGAAGAAUUCUGAAUGCAUUGAAGAAGGAUGAAGCUGUUAAGGUCAAUAUGGUUUUUUGUGGAGAGUUUCAGAUUAUGACAGCCAAUAAAAUUCAAAAGGAAUAUAAGUACUUCACAACAUCCAAUUCACCUAUUUACCGAGACACGAAUAUUACUGAAUGGUUCAAUAUAAAUGUUUUGGUAUCAAUUCUCAAAGAUCUUGAGGAAUUCCAAGAACGUGAUAGCGGAUGGGCUCUGGUUAAUGUUGUUAACCUAGGGGUGAAUAUAAACAAGUUCACACCCCAACUUGGAAGCUCAUACAUAGAACUUCCUCCUCAAAUAAAACGGAAAGAGGCUUGUAUCAAUGUGAAAAACGACGAUGAAGCAUGUUUCGCAUGGUCUGUGAUGGCUGCAUUACACCCUGUUGAGAAGGACCCCCAACGAUUAUCCAAAUAUCCUCAUUAUUCCAAAAUUUUGAAAUGUCUCCGGUACUUACGAUCUGAAGAAAAACUAAAAAGUCAUUCAGAGGAUUGUGGAAACAUGAAUGAAACAGCUAUAAAGCUGCCUGAGAUAGGAAACAAUACACUCAAGUUCAAAAAUCAUAAAAACAAGGAGAAGGUACCUUUUAUUAUUUAUGCAGAUCUGGAGAGCAUACUAAAACCUACUAACACUAAAAACAACUAUCAAGAACAUAAAGCUGCAGCUGUAGGAUACUAUGUAAAGUGUUCAUAUGAUGAUUCUCUGAGUUUUUAUCGUUCUCAUCGAGGUCUCAAUUGCAUGAAAUGGUUUGCAGAUGAGAUGAAUCAAUUUGCUGGAGACGUUGACUCAGUUUUCUUAUGUCCCUACGACAUCGAUAUGACGCCAAAACAGGAAGUCGAAUUUCGGAAGGCAACUCACUGUCAUAUUUGUGAAGAAAUGUUCAAACCUGAAGAUAAAAAAGUAAGAGAUCAUAAUCAUCUUAUCCCCGAAAAGAAUUACCGUGGAGCAGCACAUGAGGGGUGUAAUAUAAAUUAUAAGGAUAGUCACAUGAUUCCUGUAGUAUUUCACAACCUGAGUGGAUAUGACGCUAAUUUUCUGAUACAAGAUAUUGCCACAAGAAUGGAAGGGAAAAUCGAUUUGUUACCGAUAACUAAGGAGAAAUAUAUCAGUUUCACCAAACACUAUGAUGAUUAUCACAUUAAUUUCCGAUUCAUUGAUAGUUUCCGAUUCAUGGCUUGCUCUUUAGACAAACUAGCGUCCUAUUUAGAAGAGUUUCCGAACUUGAAAUCACAAUUUCCUGAGGAAUCUGAAGAACAUAUCAGUCUUCUUACGAACAAAGGAGUAAUGCCAUAUGAUUAUAUCGAUUCCUAUGACCGAUUCGAUGAAACUUCUCUUCCACCUAUUGAAGCAUUCUAUAACAAAUUGGAUUGUAGGAAAUGUCCACGAAGAAGAUAUGAGAGAGCACAACUUGUGUGGAAUAAAUUCAAAUGUCAGAAUUUGGGCGAAUACAGCGAUCUCUACAUGAAAACUGACAUUCUAUUGCUGGCUGACGUAUUUGAACAAUUUCGAUCGAGCUGCCAUAAGACUUAUGGAUUAGAUCCUGCGCAUUAUUUUACUUUACCAGGAUAUACGUGGGAUGCUAUGUUGAAAUAUACAAAACAGGAAUUAGAACUUCUCACAGAUGUUGAUAUGUUUUUGUUUGUUGAAAGAGGAAUUCGGGGCGGCCUUAGUCAAGUAUGUGGUAAACGACGAGCACAUGCGAACAACAAGUAUAUACCAAACUAUGAUUCAACUAAACCAGAAAAUUACCUCAUGUACUUUGAUGUCAACAAUCAAUAUGGAUGGGCAAUGUCACAAUGUCUACCAUACGGCGGUUUUACGUGGACCGAUACAAAUAUAAAUGUCUUGCAAAUUCCUGAUGAUGCUCCCGAGGGUUAUAUUUUAGAAGUCGAUCUCGAAUAUCCUAGAGAAUUGCAUGAUGUGCACAAAGAUCUUCCAUUCUGUCCAGAACAUUACAACUCUAAAACUCAAACACCUUGUUAUGCAUCUCAGCAAAACGCUAAACUUAUGGCCACAUUACAUCAAAAGAAGAAAUAUAUCAUCCACUACAGAAAUCUGAAGCAAGCAUUGAAGAAUGGAUUGAUUAUAACAAAAAUACAUCGAGUGCUCAAGUUCAAGCAAUCUACAUGGCUCAAGUCUUACAUCGACCUCAAUACGGAUCUGAGAAAGAAUGCCGAAAAUGAGUUCGAGAAGAAUCUCUUCAAACUGAUGAACAACGCUGUUUUUGGAAAAACGAUGGAGAAUAUUCGGAAAAGGGUUAAUGUCCACCUUCUAACAAAAUGGAAAGGACGAUAUGGGGCGGAAACUUAUAUCUCCAAACCUGAAUUCAAGAACUCUGUUAUUUUCAAUGAGAACUUUGUAGCUGUUGAAAUGCGAAAGCUGCAGAUCUAUUUGAACAAGCCAAUUUAUGUGGGAAUGAGUAUCUUGGAUUUGGCUAAAACUACUAUUUAUGACUUCCAUUACCACUACAUGAAUGAAGCUUUCAGUGCUGGCUGUACCAUCUUAUACACAGAUACCGAUUCUCUCAUUUAUGAGGUCUAUGAAGAUCCUUAUGAAAGAAUGAAACUUGACUGUUAUGAAAGAUUUGAUACCUCAGAUUAUCCCAAGAAUAAUACUUACGGUAUUCCUCAAGUUAAUAAAAAGGUAUUAGGAAUGAUGAAGGAUGAAAACAAUGGAAUACCUAUGACCGAUUAUGUUGGUCUCAGAUCUAAACUGUAUGCUGUGAAAACUUCUAAGGAUGAUCUGAAUGUGAAAAAACAACGAUGGGUGGAAGAAGAGUAUGAAGCUGAUGAAAUUGAAUCCAUGUGUCGAAAUUAUGGUACCACCAAGAAAGCUAAGGGUAUUAAAAAAUCAAUCGUUAAGAACAGAAUAUGUUUCGAUGAUUACAUUGAAUGUUUAGAAACAUGGAAACAUAAAAUUAUUUCUCAAAAUUUGAUUCAGGUGAAGGAACAUCAUGUGUAUUCACUGACACAGGAAAAAAUAGCUUUAAGUCCUGAAGACGAUAAACGAUGUUUGGUGCCCGGAACAUUCAACACUGUACCGUGGGGUCAUUAUUCACUCAAUAAACGCAAGAUUGAGGAAUAUGAUGAACCAAGGAAGAAGAUUUCAAUGUUGGAAAAAUUGUUGACUAUGUGA